AUGAUCGUGAUCCGACUUUUGUUGAUCUUUUUGGCGGCAAAUCUAACAAAUGGCGCCAAAAUUUUGUCGAUCUUUCAUACAGCAUCAAAAUCCCAUCUAAUUUUGGGAAAACAACUGAUGUUUGAACUGAAUAAAGCUGGACAUGAAAUUACAAUUAUCACGCCGUUUCCGAUAAAGAACCCGCCAAAAGGAAUAACGCACGUUCAUUUGGAGGGAAUUGAUACUGCUUUUGAUGAAUAUUUGGAUGACAUUUUUGACAGAAUCAACGAACAGGAAGAGUAUUUUAGAAAAGUAGAUGAAUUUUACGAAUUUGCUAAUUACGUGACGGCAGAUACUCUUCAACAUCCAAAUGUUCAAAAAUUGCUGAAAUCUGAUGCCACAUUCGAUUUGAUCAUCAUGGAAAUUUUCGUAAACGACGCAUUUGUGGGUUUUGGUCAUCACUACAAUUGUCCCGUUGUGGGAUUGUCUACAAUGGGAAUAACUCCGUGGGCAAUAGACUUUGUAGGUGCACCAGCUCCAAUGUCAUUCGUGCCAAUUUUCAUGAUACCAUACAAAGACAAUAUGAAUUUGCAAGAACGUAUAAUGAACAUUCUUGUAUCACUCUACGAACGUUAUCGCUUGUACACGAAAUAUAUCCCGGAACAGCAGGGGCAUUACGAAAUAGCUUUUCCAGGGAAUAAUAAGCCACCAUUGUCGGAAUUGCGGAAAUCCAUAGUUUCAUUGGUGUUACUAAAUACUCAUUUCUCGAUUAAUUUUCCAAAAGCACUUUUCCCGAACAUGAUUGAAGUUGGAGGAUUGCAAAUCAAUCCAAAUCCUGAACCACUUCCCGAAGAUAUCAAAAAGUUCAUUGAAAGUGCCGAGGAUGGCGUUAUUUACUUUUCCAUGGGAACCAAUGUCAUUCCUUCGAAAAUGACGCAAGAGAAAAGAAAUGCAAUUUUGAACUCUUUUGCUAAAUUUAAGCAAAAAGUCAUCUGGAAAUGGAACGAUGAAUCACUGCAAGUAGAUCCCACAAAGUUUUUGAUCAAAAAAUGGCUGCCACAAGACGCGAUUUUAGCACAUCCAAAUGUCAAAUUGUUCAUUACUCAUGGAGGUCUACUUAGUUGCACGGAAUCCGUUUACCACGGGGUCCCUAUCCUCGGUGUGCCAAUUUUCGGCGAUCAAUUAGCCAACGUAAACAACGCCAAGAAGGAAGGUUGGGGUACGUGGAUCGACUAUCGAAAUUUGACAGAAACAUCAUUCACGUGGGCCUUAAAUGAAGUCUUGAACAACCCAAAGUACACGAAAACAAUCAAAACCUCACAAAAAUUGUUCCGCGAUCAACCAAUGACUCCGCUUGAAACCGCCAAAUUUUGGGUCGAGUAUGUUCUACGACACAAUGGCGCCCCACACAUGAAGUCCCACGUAAAUAAGAUGAGCGUUAUCGAAUAUUACAACUUUGAUGCUUAUGCAAUACUGAUAAGUGCGAUUAUUUUGGGUAUCGCUCUGCCGAUAAUGCUGAUUAAAAAAAUCUUAUCAAUCAUCUGUCGACCGACAAGAAAGAUCAAAUCAAGCUAA